AAGCCCCCGCGUGGCAGCGGCGCCAGGGUCCUUGGCCCUGCCCCAGCUUCCGGGGGCCGCCGCGGGUGGCUAGUGAGGUGGCCGGACGGCUGGGAGCCGGAGGAGCACCUGGCAGGUGCCGCGCAGCUUCUUGCGGAGUACAAAAACGCCCACGGCAGCCUCAAGCUGAAGGCCGGUGCACCGGCGGGGGCCGUGGAUGUGCGGGUCGCGCGGGGCCACAAGCGCCCAGCGAGUGACGACCGCGGCGGCGGCGGUGGCGGCUGCGGCGCGGUUGCCCGAGUUGAAGGCGAUCGCAAACGCAGCGGCUGCAGCAGGGAGGGUGCUUUGGAAAGGCGGCGCCACCACUAA